AUGAAUGUGGUAAAUCCCAAACAAUCCAGCAAUGACUUUCCAGAAACGCAGAACAAAUCUACCAACGGACGUUGCGGCUCAAGCCGGACGACAUUUCCCGGCAAGAGAAGCAGCUGGGUUUUCUCGAUGUCCCUUUGGAGCAACACCUCUUAUGAGGGGCCCAGCAAGAACGAAUGGUACGAAGGCGAAGGGAAGUUCACGUUUCCCAAUGGCGUAGUCUAUGUAGGUCAGUUCAGAAAAGGUGAAUUCCAUGGGCAAGGUGCGUUAGUCUACCCAAAUGGGGGCCGCUACCAGGCCACGUGGGAGCGAGGAUACGCAGUGGAGGGCAGGUACGUCUUCAAUGACGGCCUCCUGUAUGAAGACAGGAACUGGCAGUAUGUGUCGCAAGGUGAUCGACGUUUCUACACCGAAGUCAAGGAAGGUCUGAAACCUGCCGGCGAGACACUCUUGACCAAUGAGAAGGUGCCGCCUCCAAUUCCCAAUGGCACUUACGAUUACGGCGCGCCGCGACCCAUGGGCGGCCUCGGCCUCGGCGGCCGGCUGUGCCUGGCCCUCGGCCUUUGGAGCUGUGCGAUGCGAAGCUUCGUGCUGCCCAGGUGCAACGACCGGUUCCCAAAGACCAGGAGGCCGGUGGCGUUGCGCUCCCCGCGUCUGCGGGAUGCCGACGGUGCUGCGGGAUACCGGCGGUGGCAGUGCUUUGCGAAGAUCUACUGCAUCAACCUGGAUGACAGGCCGGAGCGCUGGCAAUUUAUGGAGCGCCAGUUCCAGGACCUGCAGAUGCCGGUGCAACGCUGGAGCGCUGUAGAUGGCAGACGGUUAGACUUCAAAGCCCUUGAAGACUUGGUCUAUGGCGGCGAGCUGAGUGCCGAAGCGGUGCAGCGGCUGUUUCUGCCCAACCAGCAAAAGGUCUUUGGAAUGGACCUCACACCUGGUGCCAUUGGCUGUGCGUUGUCCCAUAUGCAGAUUUGGCUGGAUAUCAUGACGAGACACGGUCAAGGUGAAUUUGAAGGUGAUGAGCGAAGUCAGUUCUUGGUGGUGGAGGACGACUGCGAGUUCGUCCCCUACUUUGAUGAAGAGCAGGUACAACGGCGCUUGGAUGAGGUCCCCCAGGAUUGGCAGCUGGUCUUUUUGGGGGGCGUGGAUGCCAUGGGUCUGCAGCCGCUGCUGCAAAUCUCGCCAGGCGUCAGGCGAGUGUACAACGGAUCUCGUGAAACCACGGCCUAUGUCAUCAACGUUGAAGGCGCCAGAGAGGCGCUGAAAGUGUGCUUCCCAUUGUCUUGGCAGCUGGAUACGAUGUUGACGAUGCAUUCGCAGCUGUGUGAUCCGCCCUUGUGGGUCAGCGAAGACAUGCAGCUUUCCUACACGGUGAAACCAAUGAGUUACAUCCUGUGGCCGCCACUAGCGGUCCAGAACAAGAGGGACUUCCGAACUGACGUCCAAAAGGACGAGCAUCCGGAGUUCCUACACUCCAACAGCUACGAGGUCGCGCCAGAGGUGCUGCGGCAGCCGCCACAACGCCAGGAAUUGGUGGGAGAAGACCUGGAAGCGUUGGAUAGGAGAUAUGCUCUGGUGGGAAGUUGGGAUGACUGGUUGACCUUUCAUCCUUUCCAUUUUUCCGACCCCGUACUAGCUGCAGAGGUGGAUGUGCCGCCCGGCGCGCCUGUGGAGUUUCAAGUGCUGCGGGACAACGAUUGGAACCAACGAUUUUUCCCAGAGGCCGAUGGCAGCAUUCGCUUAGGUGGCAGCCAUGAUGCGCAUGGCAAGAACUGGCAGCAGCAGGUGCCAUUGGGUCCACCCAAGAAACUCCAUGUUGCCUGGGACCCAACGGGCGGAGGCCGCCUGGAGCAUUGCCUGGAAGAGCCCAGUAGCGUGGCCUUGGCGCGGCGCUAUGCCUUGGCUGGGAGCUGGGAUGGGUGGACGUCCCACACAGCCUUCGUGCACUCGGAGGAACAGUUGGGUACCUACGUGGCAGCAGUGGAAGUUCCAAGCAGCUUGGAGAUCCAGUUCCAGGUGGUCUGUCUGGGUGGCGAGUUCGAUGAACGGAUCUUUCCCUCGGAGACGGGGGAGAUCUUGGGACCCAGCGGAGAUUCCUUUGGUCGCAAUUGGCGCUUACCAGCGCCCACGCAGCCGCAGAUGCUUUGGGUGUACUGGAGCCCUGUUGGCAAACGGCGACUCUCCGUCUUUCUGGAUCAUGUUGGCGCCACUUGA